AUGAUCAACAAACUAGGCAGAGAGACAGGCCACCGUUUGGCAAAGUAUUGUGAGUGGUAUAAUGUUCCUUUCGAGUACAAUGGCAUCGCAAAGAAAUGGGAAGCUAUCCAAUAUGAGGAACUCAAUGUCAAGAGAGAUGAAGUGCUUGCUGUGAAUUGUCUGUUCCGGUUUAAAAACCUACUUGACGAGACAGUUGUGGUAAACAGCCCAAGGGAUGCUGUUCUAAAUUUCAUUAGGAGCAUGAAUCCUGAUAUCUUUAUCCAUAGUGUCAUUAAUGGAUCUUACAAUGCCCCAUUCUACGUCACACCCUUCAGGGAGGCUCUAUCCCACUUCUCUGCAUUGUUUGAUAUGUUUGAUACCAAUUUAUCUCGUGAAGAUCCGAUGAGAUUGAUGUUUGAGGAAGAAUUCCUUGGACGAGAGGUUGUGAACACAAUAGCUUGCGAGGGCUCUGAGAGAGUUGUGAGGCCUGAGACAUAUAAGCAGUGGCAGGUUCGGAACAUGAGGGCCGGGUUCAAACAGUUGCCAUUGAACCGUGAACUCAUGAACAAAUUAAGGGCGAACGUGAAGCUGGGGUACCACCGUGAUUUCGUGGUUGAUGAAGAUGGAAACUGGAUGCUACAAGGAUGGAAGGGCAGGAUUAUCUACAAUUCCUCGCGUUGGGUACCGUCUAGGUCUUGCAAUGCAUGCUUGUUAGAACAGAAUUGACUUGCAGAAGUAGGCUUCUGUAGUUCUAUACAGAUGUAUUGAUAGUGCUGUGUUUUGCAAUCACCAUGCUGUCUUGGUGACAUUAUACUGGUUGCUAUCGGUAACUUCUAGUCUUGCCUGUACUUGCCUGGGGUCCAACUUCUUCCCCUGUAUAUAGGUCGUGCGUAGUAAGAUCAGGUGCCUUCUGUGUAACUUCUUAAUGCUUUUUGUUUAGAAUUUGAUUGAUGUAUAUAGGUCGUGUAUAUAGGUCGUGCGUGGUCAAUGAGAAAAUAAUUGAUGUAAAGAGCUAGCCCUGCAUAACUUUGUAUUAGAAUUUGAUUGAUGAUGAACUAUUGUAAUGUUGAACAUUGUACUUUUCUUUUUGUAUAUAUCUCAGUUGAAUCUGAUCGUCAAAUGAACUCAACUUUUACCUU